UCCCCUUCAAUAUACACCUUCCUUUCAACACUCUCUCUCGUCUCUCAACUCUCUGCAUUCAUUCAUGUACUUCUUCUUUACUUAGUCUUUGUUCUUUCACUUUCCUUCUUCAUAUUUUCCUUUCACUUUCCUUUUUCAUUCAAAAUGUCAACAAUUUUUUUCUUCCUUUUUUGCCUUUCCCACAUUUUCCUCCCUUCCAUUAAUGCUAACUAUUGGCCGCCUUCCCCUGGCUAUUAUCCAAGUUCAAAAUUCAGGUCCAUGAGUUUUUAUCAAGGAUUUAAAAAUCUUUGGGGACCUAAUCAUCAAAGUGUAAACAAUAAUGGCAUUAAUAUUUGGCUUGAUAGAACUUCAGGAAGUGGAUUCAAGUCGGUUAAACCGUUUCGAUCCGGGUAUUUUGGUGCUUCCAUUAAACUCCAACCCGGCUACACGGCUGGAGUUAUUACUGCUUUCUAUCUUUCAAAUAAUGAAGCACAUCCAGGGUUCCAUGAUGAAGUGGACAUAGAGUUUCUUGGAACAACAUUUGGAAAACCAUACACAUUGCAAACAAAUGUUUAUAUUAGAGGAAGUGGAGAUGGGAAAAUUGUUGGAAGGGAAAUGAAAUUUCAUUUGUGGUUUGAUCCCACAAAGGGUUUUCAUCACUAUGCUAUUUUGUGGAGUCCUAGAGAAAUCAUAUUUUUAGUGGAUGAUGUGCCAAUAAGGAGGUAUGCAAGGAAGAGUGUGAAAACAUUUCCACGAAGGCCAAUGUGGUUAUAUGGAUCUAUAUGGGAUGCAUCUUCAUGGGCUACCGAGGAUGGAAAAUACAAAGCCGACUAUAGGUACCAACCAUUCUUCGGAAAAUUCACGAAUUUCAAGGCGAGCGGUUGCACAGCCUAUUCACCGCGGUGGUGCCACCCCGUGUCCGCCUCGCCAUAUCGGUCCGGCGGUCUUUCUAGGCAACAACGUCAGGCCAUGAAUUGGGUUCGAAAUCACUAUUUGGUCUACGACUAUUGCAGAGAUUCUAAAAGAGACCAUUCCCUUACACCAGAAUGUUGGCGUUAAAUAGAGCAAUCUGUUGAUGUCAACUUCACCGGAAGAACGGAACAAAGCGAACUGCUGAAGCUGUGGGAUGUAAAAGUACAGUAAUGAAGUGUCAAUCUUUCAUAGGAUUAAUUAUCCUAUCUUGUGUUACUACCUUUUUUUGUUUCAUUUUAUUGGGUAUGGGUGUUGUGUGUGUGGAGGAGGGGUCUUGUGACGGGUCCCACUUGUCAAUAGCAAUUGCAAGAGUAGUUGAGCGUCCAAGCCUAUAAACUCCAAAAUGAAAAAUUAAUAAUACAAAAAGAAUGAAAAUGGCGUGUCUUUUUAUUUA